GGUGUAGUUAUUGGGUGGUGGGCUGGGAAGGAAGGUCAUCCCGGACUGAGUCGUGGUCUUCACUUUCCUUUCCACAAAGUUACAAACUCCUCAGCAGUCACCACUUCUCCAAGAUGGCGGAGCAGUCGAAGACGAAGACGAAGACGAAGACCAUGGAGACCGUACACUCACCUCUGCUCACCUAUUUCUCCAUGAUCUCCCUUCUCACACUCUGUCCUCCCUUCGUCAUUCUCCUAUGGUACACAAUGACUCAUGCCGAUGGAUCCAUUUUACAGGCUUUUUCUUAUCUCAAACACCAUGGUCUCCAAGGCUUCAUAAGUAUAUGGCCUAAACCCUCUGCCACCGCAUGCAAAAUCAUUGCCGUCUAUGCCGCCUUCGAGGCCGCCCUGCAGCUUCUUCUCCCCGGCAAGUCCGUUCAGGGCCCAAUUUCUCCAGCUGGCAACCGACCUCUCUACAAGGCCAAUGGCGUCGCCGCAUAUCUAGUCACAUUGCUUACUUAUCUUGCCCUCUGGUGGUUUGGGAUAUUCAACCCAACAAUUGUUUACGAUCAUUUGGGAGAGAUAUAUUCAGCACUCAUCUUUGGGAGCUUUGUCUUUUGUAUUUUCUUAUACAUAAAAGGUCAUUUGGCACCAUCAUCUACUGAUUCUGGCUCAUCAGGGAACAUAAUCAUUGAUUUUUACUGGGGCAUGGAGCUCUAUCCGCGCAUUGGAGAACAUUUUGACAUAAAAGUUUUCACAAACUGCAGAUUUGGAAUGAUGUCAUGGGCUGUGCUUGCAUUGACCUAUUGCAUAAAGCAGUAUGAGGAAAAUGGGAAAGUAGCUGACUCAAUGCUUGUAAAUACUACAUUAAUGCUGGUUUAUGUUACCAAGUUUUUCUGGUGGGAAGCUGGAUACUGGAACACAAUGGAUAUUGCUCAUGAUCGAGCUGGAUUUUAUAUUUGUUGGGGUUGCUUAGUUUGGGUUCCAUCUGUCUAUACAUCUCCCGGAAUGUAUCUUGUCAACCAUCCGGUAACUCUUGGCACGCAGCUAGCACUGUUUAUUUUAGUGGCCGGCAUUCUUUGCAUAUACAUCAACUAUGAUUGUGACAGGCAAAGGCAAGAAUUUCGUAGGACAAACGGAAAAUGCUUGGUCUGGGGAAGAGCUCCAUCAAAGAUAGAAGCCACAUAUACUACUUCCACCGGGGAAACUAAAAGAAGCCUUCUUUUAACAUCUGGAUGGUGGGGAUUAGCUCGUCAUUUUCAUUAUGUCCCGGAAAUACUAUCUGCUUUCUUCUGGACAGUGCCGGCUCUAUUCCAUCAUUUUCUGCCCUACUUCUAUGUGAUAUUUCUUACCAUCCUUCUCUUUGACCGAGCAAAAAGGGAUGAUGAUCGAUGCAGAUCCAAGUAUGGCAAGUACUGGAAACUAUAUUGCGACAAGGUCCCAUACAGAAUCAUUCCUGGCGUGUACUGAAGUAUGGUUAUGAAUCAAGUGUGGAACCUUUUGCGGUUUUGCCCUUGGAUGAGAUGAUGUUGGUUGUCUUGUUAUGAAAAGUUUAGGACUUGGAACUAAUCAAGUAAUUAUUAUUAUUGAAGCAGAUUUUGUAGGCAAACGGUGUGACUUUUUUUAGCCUUUAGCUGCGUCUUUCAUAUAUACCAAUGACCAAUCUACUCUUUCGUGUUGCUUAUAACUUUC